AUGUCCAUGUUGUCGUGCCGUGUGUUGUGUCUGUUGGCCAUUGUGCUCUGCUGUGUGGGUGUGACUCAUGCUGCUUCAAUACCAGGUCAAGCGGGCCGUGUUGAGGAAGCACAGGAGAAGGCUAAGGAGGUUUUAAAGCAGAAAGAGGAGUGCUUGAACGCCGGCGAGGCUGCUCGGAAAGCCGCACAUGAAGCUCAACUAUUUGUUGAUACCACUAAGAAAAACCUCAAAACAAUUGCUGCUGACUCAAAAGAGGUUGAGAAAACGAAAAAUAAAGGUAAUGAACUCAGUGAAAAUGCAAUGAAGGCUGGAGGGGAAGCAGAAAAAGUGGCCGAACAAACGACAAAGAGUAUGGCUGGACCUAAAGACCUAGUCGACAUUCUUCGUAGUCUAGGUGAGUAUGAUCUGGCGACAUCUGUUGAAAAAAAAAUUUAA